AUGCACAACGAAUACUGCGUAACUAUCAAGGGGAUGGUAAGAAAGCUGCUGCCUGCACAACUCUUGAGUGUAGCGUUCACCCUGCUACAACAGAGCGGGAUAGAAGGAAUCGCCUUGCAUGGACACAGCAUGGGCGUUGGCAAGACUACAACAGCCUUGGCUACUAUGCUCAUUCAGCGAAAGCUGAAUAUGAUGUGGCGGGAUAUUACUCAGAAGCCUAAUAAGCAUUUCGGAGUGGCCAAAGGUCAAGAAUCCUCGAGUCUUCGAGAUCUCUUUAAAUACAGGCAGGAAAUCCAUGAUACUAACUACUAUCAUAACCAUCACUGUCGCUGUCACCUUCUAAUACGCCAAGGUUCUCAGUGGUCAAGUUAUUGCGAGCACAGGACGACCUUGAUGAAGCCUUCAAGUUCUGGGAAGAUUUUCAUCAACGGCAUGCCGUUGAUGGCCCUACAUCGAUUAACAGAAACUGCGCAAGGUGUAGUGAGAUGGGCGAAAUCCUCACGAAUCCUGAAUUCCAGACCAAGACACCUUGCAAUGAUGCCAAGUUCGAUAUUAACAACCGUUGUUGAUGGUUUUGCACGCUCCGAAAUCAGGAUCGGCCAGAACAGCAUAUGGGGCACCAGGAGAAAUCCUCACCCAACAACCCAACCAACUCAUGUGACAAAAAUCACGGCCACAAAGACUACCAUUACUCCAAUCUAA